GAAACAGCGUCGAAGGAUAUCUGGAUCGAUUGGAACCGAAUGGAAAUAUACCGCCGCACGGAAAGUACGAUUGGCACAGUGGCGACUCGCGCUCUCACCACCAGCAACAGAACCACCAUCUAUCCCAUCACCAUCAUCACCAUCACCACCAGCAGGAGCAGCAGCAGCGCCCGGUCACCAGGCAAUUGUCAGUUUCAUCAGAUUCCAAAUUGCUGGACGAGGACAUCAGGGAGGAGACAGAGAGGGUCGUCAUGAGGCACAGGAAAGAUGGCAAAGGCGGUCCCAAAAGACAGCAGAGGCCACGAUCAGAAGCAACACUGCUUUCGUGUGGUAACGAAGAAGGAAGUCAUGCGAGGAGGAGGUUGGCCAGGUCGAAACGAUACAGUGCAUUUGGGGGUGAUUCACCAUUUGGAAAAUCAGAAGCAUACAUCAAACUCGAACAAUUAGGAGAGGGCUCGUAUGCCACAGUGUUCAAAGGAUAUAGCAAUUUAACGAAUCAAGUGGUCGCUCUGAAGGAGAUUAGACUUCAGCAGGAAGAAGGUGCCCCCUUUACAGCCAUCAGAGAAGCCUCGUUAUUGAAAGAAUUGAAACAUUCAAAUAUUGUCACUUUGCAUGAUAUUGUACACACGAGGGAAACAUUGACAUUUGUAUUCGAAUAUGUCAAUACAGAUCUCUCCCAAUACAUGGAAAGGCAUCCAGGAGGUUUGGAACCGAGGAACGUCCGCCUCUUCCUGUUUCAAUUACUAAGGGGCCUGUCGUACUGCCACAGGAGGAGGGUGCUCCACAGGGACGUCAAACCCCAGAAUCUUUUAAUAAGCGAGAGGGGCGAAUUGAAGUUGGCCGAUUUCGGACUGGCCAGGGCCAAGAGCGUUCCUUCGCACACGUACUCCCAUGAGGUCGUCACGUUGUGGUACAGGCCACCGGAUGUACUAUUGGGCAGUACAGAGUACGGGUGCUCCUUAGACAUGUGGGGCGUAGGUUGCAUUUAUGUUGAAAUGGUGACGGGACUGCCUACUUUUCCAGGUGUUCGUGACACUCAAGAUCAACUCCUUAAGAUAUUUAAAAUUUUAGGUACUCCAACAGAACAGACGUGGCCUGGCGUAUCACGAUUGCCUUCGUACAAGCCUCGAAAAUUUUAUUAUUAUAAGUCUCGUAGGUUAGGUUUAAGUUUUCCUCGACUGCACGAUUCUCCUGAUGGUGAAUCAGUGGCCGAGAGUUUGUUGCAAUUGAAUCCGGAUGACAGGAUAGGGGCUGACGAGUGCCUGAAGCACAGAUAUUUCAGCUCGUUGCCUCCCAAACUACACGAACUGCCUGACGAGGCUUCAAUAUUCAGUGUAGAAGGCGUAUUCCUUUACCCCGAACACAGACAAGCCGGGAUCAAGUGAGACAACAACUUGAAAAUAAGUUUAGUAUAAACUUAUGAGAUUUCAUAACGAAACUAUGAUUAACAGACAAGAUGCCAAAAAAUAUAUAUUCAUUUACAUAUACAGCGGAAGACUUUUGGUGGCUUUCCUCUUUAAAGCCAGAAGUGAUAUUUCUCUAAAAGUGUGUCCAUUAUCGACCAAAGUAUAUGUACAUCCAUAUAUAUAAGUAUACGAAUGUAUUGUGAACGAGUGAUGUGAUAAGCGUAAAUUUAUUUGUUUGUUGUUAUUUUAUAAAAAAGAAGAGAACAAAUGCUGCAAAGAUAACGAACGAGAUGACUAAUUGAGUUUCUGAGUCGGGCCUAGAGAACAUUUAUUAAAAUAAAAUACAUUAUGAAUAGAAUUUAGAGUAAAUGUAGAAAUUUAUAGAGAAUUACAUAUGCAUAUAUGUAUUUGCAGUAGAAUUUAUGUCGGGCAGUACGAUAGUGAAAAAAGUA